AUGAGCUCCGAGCGGGAGGCGGGGAGAUGGAGGGCGGCGGUGAUGGCCUUCGCGUUCUUCUGUAUCUGGUCCGCGGCGGCGGCGGAGUGGCCCAAAUACAAGGACCCAAAGCAGCCACUGAACGUUCGCUUGAAGGACCUACUGAGCCGCAUGACCCUCGAGGAGAAGCUUGGGCAGAUGGCGCAGAUCGAGCGGUCCAUCGCCUCAGCAGAGAUCAUGAAGAAGUAUUCCGUUGGUCCGUUCCCAUCUUCCUCCGCCUCUCUCUCUUUCUCUCUCUCUCUCUCUAGAAUAGCUCUUGAUUGGUGAUGGUGGCUCAGGGAGUGUGCUGAGCAGUGGAGGGAGUGUUCCCGUUGAGAAGGCCUCAACGGAGGACUGGAUCAAGAUGGUGGGGAAGAUCCAGAAGGCCGCCCUCUCCACCCGCCUGGGAAUCCCCAUGCUCUACGGGAUCGACGCAGUCCACGGCCACAACAACGUCUACAAGGCCACCAUCUUCCCCCAUAAUAUCGGCCUUGGAGUUACCAGGCGAGUAUUCUCUCACUGGGAGACUCCCAUUUCCUAACUCCCCUGCGCAUGGCCAUGAUUCGACCUUCCUCCUCUUCCCUCUCUCUCGCAGGGAUCCCGAGCUGUUGAAGAGGAUCGGCGCGGCGACUGCGCUUGAAGUCCGAGCGACCGGGAUCCCCUAUGUCUUCGCCCCCUGCAUCGCCGUAAGAGUUCUUCUUCUUCUUCUUCUGCUUCUUCAUCAUCAUCAUCAUCAUCCUGAACUCUUUCUGUCGUUCGAUGGGCCAGGUGUGCAGAGACCCGCGAUGGGGCCGCUGCUACGAGAGCUUCAGCGAGGACCCGAAGAUCGUCCAGGCGAUGACGGCGGUCAUCUCCGGACUGCAGGGAGAGAUCCCCACAAACUCCCGCAAAGGCGUCCCCUUCGUCGCCGGAAGGUAACCCCAACGACCGAGAUAGAUCUUAUUCUUCCUCUCCCAUCUCUCUAGAGCCGCCUCUCUGGGAUCUUCGGAGGCUUAGACCUUUGACCGACCUUCAACACAGAACCAAGGUCGCCGCCUGCGCAAAGCACUACGUCGGCGACGGCGGGACGGAGAAGGGCAUCAACGAGAACAACACAAUCAUCGACUUCCACGGCCUGCUCAGCAUCCACAUGCCUCCCUACUACAACGCCAUCGCCAGGGGAGUCUCCACGGUGAUGAUCUCCUUCUCCAGCUGGAACGGGGUCAAGAUGCACGCCAAUCGCUUCCUCAUCACCGACUUCCUUAAGAACAGGCUCCGGUUCCGGGUACCUGGUUAUCCACCUGAUCUGAAAAUGGGUAUCUGGUUUUUCUGAAAUCUUCUCUCUGAGUUCGUCUUCUUCAAUCGCCCAACUGGUUUCAGGGUUUUGUCAUCACGGACUGGACGGGUCUGGACAAGAUCACCUCCCCGCCUGGGAAGAACUACACUUUCUCUCUCCAGGCUGGCAUCCUCGCCGGUAUCGACAUGGUCAGCUCCUCUCCGUUCUUUUAUGGUUAGAUUCAGCGGAUAUAAAAAAGCAUAAUCAUCAAACUUGUAUCCGAUUCUUUCGUGGUCGAAAUCUUCGUUUGAAAGUCAUCACGCAAAAACCCGGUUUCUGCCCCAUAUUUGCUCCAAAAAUCGUAUCUUUCCUGAGGGUUGAGUGAUCUAGUUCAUCCUCUGCAAAGGCCUCCUGCAUCUCUCUCUCUCUCUCUCUCUCUCUCUCUCUCUCUCUCUCUCUCUAUGUCCAUAGAUAUAUACGUUUAUAUGACAGUGAUCAGGGCUGGUGCCGAUAAUGUUGCAGAUCAUGCUUCCCUUCAACUUGACCGGAUACCUCCAAGACGCCUCGUACUUGGUGAAGGGGGGGUUCAUCCCGAUGAGCAGGAUAGACGACGCCGUGAGGAGGAUCCUACGGGUGAAGCUCUCCAUGGGACUCUUCGAGAAUCCCUUCCCCGAGCCCUCCCUGGGCGACCAGCUGGGCAAGCAGGUGCGUUGACUCGAACUCUUCUACGUAGAUGGCCGGAGACUUUGCCGACCUUUGAUGGGUAUGACUCACCGGAGACGACGGCGCCGCCGCCACGCAGGAGCACCGGGAUCUGGCGAGGGAGGCGGUGAGGAAGUCGCUGGUGCUGCUGAAGAACGGGAAGCCUGGGGCUGAGCCGCUGCUGCCACUCCCCAAGAAGGCCCCCCGCAUCCUCGUCGCGGGCAGCCACGCCGACAACCUCGGCUACCAGUGCGGCGGCUGGACGAUCACUUGGCAGGGCCUCAGCGGCAACAACCACACCCUCGGUAAGCAUCCUUUUAGACAGAGAGAGAGAGAGAGAGAGAUGAGCUUCGGGACAGGAACGACGAUCUGGAUUGCUCUCAGAAGAACAGACCCCUGGACUAUCUUUCUCGUUCUCUCUGUGAGAUCAUCAAGAGGAGCAUGGGGGCGAUUUCUAACCCUUAUCUACCCUUCGGGGGCAGGAACGACGAUCCUCGCCGGUGUGAAGGAAGCGGUGGAUCCGGCCACAGAUGUGGUCUACUCAGAGAACCCCGCCGCUGAUUUCGUCAAGAACGGCGGCUUCUCCUUCGCCGUGGCGGUCGUCGGAGAGCAUCCCUACGCUGAGGGACAGGGCGACAGCACCAACCUCACACUGGCCUAUCCCGGGCCGGAGACGAUUCGCUGCGUGUGCGAGCACGUCAAAUGCGUCGUCGUCGUCGUCUCCGGCCGGCCGGUGAUGGUGGAACCCUACCUCGCCGGAGUUGACGCUCUGGUGGCAGCGUGGUUGCCGGGGACGGAGGGCGCCGGAGUGGCAGACCUCCUCUUCGGCGGCCACGGAUUCUCCGGGAAGCUCGCUCAUACCUGGUUCAGAUCCGUGGAUCAGCUCCCCAUGAACGUCGGCGACCCGCACUACGAUCCCCUCUUCCCCUUCGGCUAUGGCCUCACCACGGAGCCCGCUAGAACCUGA